AUGAUGCCCAAGGAAGCCUACAGCGAUUACCGGCCGCUGCUGGGCAAUAGGUAUGAGUCCGUGCCACUUGGGGCGCCCGUGAUAGUCCCACAGGCGCUCCGCCGACGCCCUGUGCCAAUGCACGGCAUCCUGUUCGCGCUUUUGGUAGUGGUUGUGACUCUGCACGUGAUCUCGCCAUCGAUUCGGCAUAUUGUGACGAGUCCCGUUACAUCGCCCACCCAUGCGACGGGCACACCACUCAGCGGCCCACUGGAGCUGCCUGGCCAGCAGUGCCGGGCCUGGGGCGACGCCGUGGACGCGCAGUCAUCGUACGGCCUGAGCUUCGGAGCGGGUCACAACCUGACGGUACACCAGAGCAGGACGCAUCACCACAACGGCCCGCACGAGCGCCGGCAGCACGUGCGCGUGUCGGGCGCCGUAGUGGUGCGACGUGCCGACGCGGCGCACGCAGCCGGUGCCGUCGACAUUGAGACGAUGACCAACGAUGAGCGCAUCGGAAAGCUGAUCGCGUUGGGCGUCGAGCCGGGCCAGGACCAGCUGCUGCGCGUGCAGAUUGACGACGACAUCCGGCUCGACGACCGCGACAACGACCGCACACACGGCAGCACGCCCUGCCUCGUGGCCCGCAUCACGGUCUGGGUGCCAGCCAACCAGGAGACGGUGGCGCUCGGCUUCCUCGGCAUCAGCGCCACGAAUCUUGACAUCCUGCUGGCUGAGGGGCUUGACCUAUCCGUACGGGUGGCAACGCAGCUGAACACCGUCUCGGGCGACAUCGUGGCCGCAGCAGCACUGCCCGGUGCCGACUCCCCGUUCUGGCUCGAUGCCGCCGGCGUGUAUGUGCACUCCGUCUCGGGUGGCAUCCGGGGAUCCUGGGGCCUGCGCCAGCAGCUGCACUUCUCGACUGUGUCCGGCGACGUGCACGUGUCUGUGGAGGAGCGCGGUAGCGCUACUGCCGAGCUCGUCGACCUUGCCGCGUUCGACCAGCCGCUGGAGCCUGCUCAGCCGCUCGAUGUCGGCCUCCCAAACCUCCGUAUCGGCACCAUCUCAGGCGACAUCACCCUGACCGAGAUGCCGUCUGUGGCAGCUGCGCCCGGCCACAGCCUUGCGCUCAGCUCAAAGUCUGGUUUGAUCAAGGCGUCGGCCGCCUUUGCCGGUUUCGCGCGCGUGAACUCCAUCUCAGGCGGUCAGCAUCUGGCGCUGCACCUCCUUGAAUUAACGACACCGGCGCUGCUCGAAACCAGCGCCGUCAGCGGAACCAUCAAGCUGGGCCUCUCGUACGCCGACGACGCCACCCUCGACUUCUUGCAGUCGCAUCACUGCACUGUUUCAGGCGGCAUCCAGCUGCACUACCCAUCGUCGUGGGCCGGCCGGAUUCAGCUGACGGCCGUGGCGAGUGGCCACGUCGCCUUGCUCGGUAAGGACGUCCACGUACUGCCAGACGACCGGCCACACUGGCCCCCACACCGGGGAAAUCACAUCGCUGGUACCAAGGGCGUGGCGCCCGGUGAGGACGCGUCCAACGUUACGGCACAGACAAAGAGCGGCUCAAUCUUGCUAGCCUUCCCGGAGUAG